GGCGUGGGCUCCCGGCUCCCGGAAGCGGCGGCCGCGGCGUGGAGCCGAGCGGGCGUCGAUCCCCGGAGCGGCAAUGCGCGGCGGCCGGAGCCUGUGACCUGAGCGCGGCAGCCCGGUGGGGGCCGCGGAAUGGCGCCUCGUUGAGGAGGCGGCGGCGGCGGCGACGUCUCCGGCCCUUCGGGCGCGGCGCGGCGUGUCGGCGGCCGGGGUGAUGCUGCUCAAGCUCUUGCAGAGACAGACCUAUACCUGCCUGUCCCACAGGUAUGGGCUCUACGUCUGUUUCGUGGGCGUCGUUGUCACCAUCGUCUCGGCCUUCCAGUUCGGAGAGGUGGUUCUGGAAUGGAGCCGGGAUCAAUACCAUGUUUUGUUUGAUUCCUACAGAGACAAUAUUGCUGGGAAGUCCUUUCAGAAUCGGCUCUGUCUGCCCAUGCCGAUCGACGUGGUUUACACCUGGGUGAAUGGCACAGAUCUUGAGCUACUGAAGGAACUGCAGCAAGUCAGAGAACAGAUGGAGGAGGAGCAGAAAGCAAUGAGAGAAAUCCUUGGGAAGAACACAACGGAACCAACUAAGAAGAGUGAGAAGCAGUUGGAGUGUUUGCUGACACACUGCAUUAAGGUGCCAAUGCUCGUCCUGGACCCAGCUCUGCCGACCAACAUCACACUGAAGGACCUGCCAUCUCUUUAUCCUUCUUUUCAUUCUGCCAGUGACAUAUUCAACGUUGCAAAACCAAAAAACCCUUCCACUAAUGUCUCAGUUGUUGUUUUCGACAGUACAAAGAAUGUUGAAGAUGCCCACACUGGAAUUUUUAAAGGAAACAGCAGACAGACAGUUUGGAGGGGCUAUUUGACAACAGAUAAGGAAGUCCCUGGGUUAGUGCUAAUGCAAGAUUUGGCUUUCCUGAGUGGAUUUCCACCUACAUUCAAGGAAACAAAUCAACUGAAAACAAAAUUGCCAGAAAAUCUUUCUUCUAAAAUAAAACUGUUGCAGUUGUAUUCAGAGGCCAGUGUAGCACUUCUAAAGUUGAAUAACCCCAAAGAUUUCCAAGAACUGAAUAAGCAGACGAAGAAGAAUAUGACCAUCAAUGGAAAGGAACUGACCAUAAGUCCUGCAUAUUUAUUAUGGGAUCUGAGUGCCAUCAGCCAGUCUAAGCAGGAUGAAGACGUUUCUGCCAGCCGUUUUGAAGAUAAUGAAGAGCUGAGGUACUCACUGCGAUCUAUCGAGAGGCACGCGCCGUGGGUUCGGAAUAUUUUCAUUGUCACCAAUGGACAGAUCCCAUCCUGGCUGAACCUCGAUAAUCCUCGGGUGACAAUAGUCACACACCAGGAUGUUUUUCGAAAUCUGAGCCACUUGCCUACCUUCAGUUCACCUGCUAUUGAAAGUCACAUCCAUCGCAUCGAAGGGCUGUCCCAGAAGUUCAUUUACCUGAAUGAUGAUGUCAUGUUUGGAAAGGAUGUCUGGCCGGAUGACUUUUACAGUCACUCCAAAGGUCAGAAGGUUUAUUUGACAUGGCCUGUGCCAAACUGUGCUGAGGGCUGCCCGGGAUCCUGGAUUAAAGAUGGCUAUUGUGACAAGGCUUGUAAUAAUUCGGCCUGUGAUUGGGAUGGCGGUGAUUGCUCCGGUGAGGGUAACAGUGGUACAGGUCGCUAUGUAGGAGGAGGUGGGGGCACCGGGGGCAUUGGAGUCGGACAGCCCUGGCAUUUCGGUGGAGGAAUAAGCGGCGUCACUUACUGUAAUCAAGGAUGUGCAAAUUCCUGGCUCGCCGAUAAGUUCUGUGACCAAGCCUGCAAUGUCUUAUCCUGUGGGUUUGAUGCUGGUGACUGUGGGCAAGAUCAUUUUCAUGAACUGUAUAAAGUAACUCUUCUCCCAAACCAGACUCACUAUGUUAUUCCAAAAGGUGAAUGCCUGCCUUAUUUCAGCUUUGCAGAAAUAGCCAAAAGGGGAAUCGAAGGCGCCUAUAGUGACAACCCAAUAAUCCGACAUGCUUCUAUCGCCAAUAAGUGGAAAACCAUCCACCUCUUAAUGCACAGUGGAAUGAAUGCGACCACAAUACAUUUUAAUCUCACAUUUCAAAGUACAAAUGAUGAAGAGUUCAGAAUCCAGAUAGCAGUAGAGGUUGACACAAGGGAGGAGCCCAAACGGAAUUCUACGACCCAGAAGUCUUACCAAAGUUUGGUUAGCCCCUCAGCUCUUCUUCCAGAGGUGGAAAUCCUGUUUGAGGACAUCCCCGAAGAAAAACGCUUCCCCAAGGUCAAGAGACACGAUGUUAACACAACAGGAAGUUUCCAAAUGGAGGUGCAAAUUCCGCUGGUCAAUAUUUCACUCCUUCCAAAAGAGACCCAGUUGAGCCUUAAUAACUUGGAUUUGCAGCUAGAACACGGAGACAUCACCAUGAAAGGCUACAAUCUGUCCAAGUCAGCCCUGCUGAGGUCGUUUCUGAUGAACCCACAGGACGCAAAGUUAACAAUAAAUCACCCUCUGAUGACAGGGCAAAGAAAUGACAGUUUGGAGGCCCCACUGGAAAAACAGGUUCACAAAAGCAUCUUACCCAGCAGCUUAGGAACAUCUGAAAGAUUCCAGGGGUUAUCGCCUGUUCCAGCAGUGACAAUGACAGUGAAUGGCCACUCCCCGAGCCAGACUCCACCCCUGGACUUAGAAACCAAAGCAAGAUUCAGGUCCAAAACUGUGACCCCGAAAGUAGGAGGUGGAGGUGUGUCAAAAGAAAAGCUCUCAUCUCUGAUUUUCCCAGUGGAAAACAGGGAGACACAAAAGGUAAUCACAGGGAAAGAACAAGAGAAGAACAGACUGGAGGAAAGUGCUAACAGUUACCUAGGUGGUCAGGAAGUAUUACCUGGAAGAAAACUGCAACGUUACACAGAGAGUUACCUGGGCUUUUUGCCAUGGGAGAAGAAAAAGUAUUUCCAGGAUCUUCUUGAUGAAGAAGAGUCACUGAAGACACAACUGGCAUACUUUACUGAGAGCAAACACACAGGGAGGCAACUAAAAGAUACGUUCGCAGAUUCCCUCCGAUAUGUAAACAAAAUUCUAAAUAGCAAGUUUGGAUUCACGUCUCGGAAAGUCCCUGCACACAUGCCUCACAUGAUCGACCGAAUAGUUAUGCAAGAACUGCAAGACAUGUUCCCUGAAGAAUUUGACAAGACAUCAUUUCACAAAGUGCGCCACUCUGAGGACAUGCAGUUUGCCUUCUCUUAUUUUUAUUAUCUCAUGAGUGCAGUUCAGCCACUGAACAUAUCUCAAGUUUUUGAUGAAGUUGACACAGACCAAUCUGGUGUCUUAUCUGACAGAGAAAUCCGCACGCUGGCUACCAGAAUUCACGACCUGCCUUUAAGUUUGCAGGACUUAACAGGUCUGGAACACGUGUUAAUAAAUUGUUCGAAAAUGCUUCCUGCUAACAUCACUCAGCUAAACAACAUCCCGCCAACUCAGGAAGCAUACUAUGAUCCCAAUCUGCCACCAGUCACUAAAAGUCUAGUAACCAACUGUAAACCAGUAACUGAUAAAAUCCACAAAGCGUAUAAGGACAAAAACAAAUAUAGAUUUGAAAUCAUGGGAGAAGAAGAAAUUGCUUUUAAGAUGAUUCGUACCAAUGUUUCUCAUGUGGUUGGCCAGUUGGAUGAUAUAAGAAAAAACCCCAGGAAGUUUGUUUGCCUGAAUGACAACAUUGACCACAAUCAUAAAGAUGCCCAGACAGUGAAGGCUGUUCUCAGGGACUUCUACGAAUCCGUCUUCCCCAUCCCAUCCCAGUUUGAGCUGCCACGGGAGUAUCGAAACCGUUUCCUUCAUAUGCAUGAGCUGCAGGAAUGGAGGGUGUAUCGAGACAAAUUGAAGUUUUGGACUCAUUGUGUGCUAGCAACAUUGAUUAUGUUUACUGUAUUCUCAUUUUUUGCUGAACAGUUAAUUGCACUUAAGCGGAAGAUAUUUCCCAGAAGGAGGAUACACAAAGAAGCUAGUCCUGAUCGAAUCAAGGUAUAAAGGAUCUUCAUCUGAAAAUCUACCUCAGCAUUCACUGAGCAUUUUAAAACUCGACAUCAGAGAUGUCUUCAUGAUGUAAUGCUUAGCCAGCUUGGCCUGAAGAAGGAAUAACAUCCAGUAUAAUACUUGUUUCCUGGAAUGAAUAUAGCCCACUGACCAGGAAUUGCUUAACGAACACACGGAAAAUUUGUGUGUUGAGCAGCUCUGGUUUUACUUUUGAAGCAUCUGCUCAUGGACCGGUCUUGCUUUUAAUGAAAAGCCUCACUGAUGAGAGACAGCAGUGGUUGUUGCUAUGGGAACUGAGCAGCUAACUAACUAACAAGCCUAAGCCAGCUUGAGUGCUAUUGCUGAGAGUCCCCAGUCUUUUGCAUUCCAAAGCUUUUUGCUGUGGUUUUACAUUUUGGGGUUUGUUUGUUUCUUUCUUUCUUCCAUUUCUCAUUUUUAAAGUAAGUAGAUACUAAGUUAACUAAGUUAUCCUUGCUUUUGAAAACAAUGAAUUGGGAUGUGUAAACAUGUUUUUAUAGAUGUUAUUUAACUAAUGCAGUAAUAUCAUGUCCUGUUGGCAGUAUCUAAAUUAUGGAUUUUAUUAACAUUUAAAGCAAUGUGAUCUUAACCCACUUACCAUUAUUUAUGAGCUCAGUGGCUGACAUCUGAUACUUUGUGCUUGUUUUCUUCAGCCCCUAAGAAUACUGUGAUUUCAUGUGGAGGCCUGAUUACAAAGGGCUAGAGUUACGUAGCUGAGCUACUUGCCAGGUGUAAUUAUGUUUUGAAGAUGUACAUAUUCAAAAAGAAGUGCCUCAUUUUAGAAAUGAGCAGUGCUGAUGGUAGUGGCCCAUAACAGUGGUAUCUUCUUUAAUACUCAUCAGUAUAUGCCAGUAGCUGGCUCUCAAUCAGUUUCACAUAAUGAAGGGUCAGGAAACUUUUUCUGUAAAAAGCCACAUGGUAAAUAUUUGCAGGCCACAUAUGUCUAUGUUGCAUAUUCUUUGUUUAGUUUAGCUUUUUGUUUUUAACAAUCCCAAACGAAACACUAGCAAGCCAGGUUAGUUCAUUCUCCAAAGGAGCAACACUUUAUGAUCAGGCUGGGCCCAUUCCAGGAUUGCAGGUUGGCCCAACACUUGAAAAGCAGUGCAAAUCACAUUCGAGUUAAACCAUGUCUAACUCGCAGCUGUAACAAAACAGGCCACCAGCUGGAUUUGGGCCAUAGGCCAUGGUGUGUGACCACUGGGAUAGAGAAUUAGUAUUUUUAUGUGUGGCUAAGCCCUGAUGUUCAGCCGUGUUUUAUUUAUGUCAUCGUACUGUGGAUUUUAUGUGUCCUUUUUGAACUCUGACAGGUAUUUUAGAUCAUGAUCUUAACAGUAUUCUUUCAAAAUGGCAUACAUAUUUUGUAAGAUCUUGUAAAUAACUGUGUUUGUGCUGUAAGAGUUAUGUAUUUCAAAAAUUGAAGUCUCAUAAAAACUUACAUUUUA